AUGUUCUCCAAGAAGCAAAGUACUGCUAUCGUAUUAGCCAUUACCUUCACUGCUUCUAUGUUCCUAUUCACGGAAGGACUGCCUUCUGGUAAUCAACCAGCAGAGGGACAAUCAAAAUGGGGAAAUCACUAUUCGCCAAGUGCUGCCGAUAAGAAAGCUGCUGAAGAAGCAAAGAAGGCUGUAGAAAAUCAAAGUGAUCCUCGUCACCCCUUAUACUUUCCAGGUCACCAUUCAACUCGUCCUCAUACAGAAAAAGAGGCUGAUAAAGAUGAUCACGCUCGUCAUCGUGGCAUUGGCAACGCAUCAAACACUGGCAAUCGAGGACAGUGA